GUGAUCCCAACAUGCUCAACUGGUUUUUGGACUAUGCGGAGGGCUUACUUUGCGAUGUACUUUGCUUCCUGGACGGGCUCUCCCUGGCGCGUUUGGAAAUGGCCGGCCGGUGGCAUGCCCGGCUCUACAGCACGAGCCUCCCGGGUGUUUGGCGUUUCGUGCAUCUGUGCAGCCUGGGCGGCCGACCCCCGCGAACUCUCUGCCGGCCUCCGCAGCCCAGGGGCCGAGGAAGAAGUGGGGCCUGGAAGCAGUACUGGUUGGGUCGGCGAUUGCUUCUACGUGAGUCGGACGGCGCACAGCGGCAGAUUGCCUUUGAGCAAGCGCGGCUGCUGCUGACCGCCAAUGCUCAUGCGGUGGUGCAGCCGAUGAAGCCCAACCCACGGCUGCUGCGGAGAAUCAUCGCCUACUGCCUCCCGCCGGGCUUCACCCAG